AUGCGGUCGUCAUCGGUUACGAGGUCUGGUGAAAGCUCUUUACAAUCUUCUACCAACUCGAAGCGCCACGCGCUGCCACUGCAACGACAACAUCGCAACCACAACAACAACAACAACAAAAACCUCAACAACAACAACUAUUACAACAACAACAAUCAUCAUCAAGUUAGAUUUCAGCAUAGCGACUGCUCGCUGUCGAAACUAGUCGAACCGACCAAGAGAUGUUCCGACAUUUUGAAUUCGGUUAUUGACGAUAUCGGCGGCCCUAAGACGAAUAUCUUGGCCACCGAAUGGAGUCUCAACAAAACCUGCAGGGAAUGGGACAAAACAAACGCCUGCUACCAGCAGCUAAUGUUGAGAUGUAGUCAGGAUUUGAAGGCAGUUGAACAGCUGAAGCAGCAAUUCAACAACUUCGUCGUCUAUACCAUCCAGUGCUCUAAUAGGAAUUUGUUAGUGACGUCAGAGCACAGCAACCUUGACAUUUGCAUCGAGAGGGAACGAAACGAAACGAACCAUUGUCUUAGGGCCAUCAACUACAUCAAGAUUUACCUUGAGAACAAGAACUAUAGAGAUGCAUGCAGGGGAUUAAAAUCUACCCUCCAGUGCCUACACGACUCCAAAUUGGUAAUUGAAUCGCGCUGUGGCUCGAAUGGCGGCCACACUUUCCACCGUUAUCAUAUCCAGCCACUCGUCGAUAUAACUAGAGAUGUGCUGAAACAUAAUUGCUCGCUGAAGCAGCACCUCAGUAGUUACUACUCAUCCUCGGGUAGCAACUUCUCGCCGAUGUCGUCGAGUUCGUCGCCACUCUUUCUUUUCCGAAUUUUUAAUCUCGGUUCGGUGUUUUUGUCGGUUUUUUGUCUGUUUUUUACCGGUAGUCUCGGCGGUGCGAGUUGUUUCAGUUCUGGUCGGUUUCAAAGUUCCUUGCCUAGUUUCGCCCGAAGGUCGUCUGCCUACUGUUGUGAAAUUUCACUCGGACGACGAGUCUUCGUGAAGUUGAUUUGUUUGGUUAUGUUGCGUUUGAACACCGUCAGGCGAAAAAUAAUUUCGUAUUAUUCGACCGAUUUACCGACGGUUAUUCAACGGUUUUUUGCGGAUAUUAGAGAAGAAAUGGCGAUGACGGAGGAGGGAGGAGCGUGUGGAGAUGCGCCAACAAAUGUAUCGUCGUCGUAUUUUGUCACUACCGAAGUUUUGAUGUCGGAUAUUAUUUUUGCUGUUCCUAUUGCUGUCGUCAUCAAAAGAUACAACAACAACAUCAUCAACAACAACAACAACGUCAACAACAACAACAACAUCAACAACAACAACAACAUCUUAAUCAUCGACAACAACAACUUCAACAACAAUAUCCCCAACAACGUCAACAGCAACACCAACAUCAACAACUACUGCUACUGCUGCUUCAGAACCAUUUCAUCUCAGCGCGAAUUUCUUCGACUAAUAAAAAAUCAAUGUUAA